AUGCGUUUAGGCCUCCUCCUGGUGGUUCUGACCGCUCUGGUUUUCCAGUCAGCCUAUGGUCGUGACUUGGAACGCACCAAAAAUGGUUACCGACUAUACCGGGGCAUUAACCGCUCAGCUGGUCUCUCUGAUGACCAAGGCGAAGCUCGCGGUGAUAUUAUGCAGUUGUUGGGCAAAGGUACCACUACCACUGAAGCUCCCGGCGCUGCCAGAGCUGGUGAAUUCAAUGGUCAACUCGCUGCCAGAAAGGUCACCGAUAAUGACAACGACGAUUCGGAGGAUAACGAAGUCGCUGAUGAAGAAGACUUCCGCAGACACAAAAUGAAUUUCGACGAUGAUGAAGACGAGGACGACGAUGAAGAAUUCGAUGAUGAGGAUGACGAAGACUACAACAAAAAGGAUAAGCAGCUCAGUUUCGAGGAUGAUGAUGAUGAAGACGACGAUGAUGAUCGCCUUGAAAAAUUUAGAGAUGACAACCAACUCAACAACAGGAGACGGGGCAACCAAAUGACCAACCGCAAGGAAAUCCGCCGCGUUGUCAACAGACAAUUGAACAAACUCAAGGAAGAAAACAAAAAACGGGCUCGCAGAAAUUUUCGUAGACGACUCCGUCGUACUCGUCGCAGGCAAAAGAAGCGUCAAAGGCGCAGGCGUUUGAGGCGCAGACGCAGGUCCAUGAAGAAGCGUCGCCGUGCAAUGCGCCGUCGCCGCAAGAGUUUGAGACGUAGAAGACUUCGCCGCAAUCGUCGUACAUCACAAACAAGUCGUCGUCGUAGACGUCGCAACCGCAACCGCCAAACCACAAGUCGCAGACGCCGCAUUCGCAACAACCGUUACCGUAGACGCAGUCGCAGGAGGCUCAUUCGUCGUUUGACACGUGGCCGACGCAGGGUUCGCGUUAUUUAG